AGCGAGGCGAAUCGGCUGCGGUUUGCUGGGAACGGAGGGCUGCAGCGCCCACCCUGCGCCAGAGACCAGAUAAAGAGUCAGUCUUAAGAUGUGAUACUUUCCUGUGAAACCUGAAACAAGGCGAUCUGGGGAACCAAAGACUCUAGGACUCUUGGUGCCAACAGAGUUACUCUGUUACUUGAAUUUUCAUUAGAGGAGCAGAAAUGCCACCAAUGCCAAGUGCCCCACCUGUGCAUCCACCUCCAGAUGGAGGAUGGGGCUGGAUUGUGGUUGGAGCAGCUUUUAUCUCCAUUGGAUUUUCCUAUGCAUUCCCCAAAGCCGUCACCGUAUUCUUCAAAGAAAUUCAGCAAAUAUUCCACACUACCUACAGUGAAAUAGCAUGGAUUUCAUCCAUUAUGCUCGCUGUUAUGUACGCAGGAGGUCCUGUAAGUAGUGUUUUGGUGAAUAAAUACGGCAGCCGGCCGGUGGUGAUAGCAGGAGGCUUAUUAUGCUGUCUUGGAAUGGUGUUGGCCUCCUUUAGUAGCAGCGUGGUACAGCUGUACCUCACUAUGGGAUUUAUUACAGGUUUAGGUUUAGCCUUCAACCUGCAACCCGCCUUAACCAUAAUUGGCAAAUACUUCUAUAGGAAGCGACCCAUGGCAAAUGGAUUGGCCAUGGCAGGAAGUCCUGUUUUCUUAAGUUCAUUGGCUCCUUUCAAUCAGUACCUUUUUAAUACUUUUGGCUGGAAAGGAAGCUUCCUGAUUUUGGGAAGUCUACUUUUGAAUGCCUGUGUGGCUGGUUCCCUCAUGAGACCCCUUGGACCCAAUCAAACCAUUUCUAAGUCUAAAAAUAAGACUGGCAAAACAGAAGAUGAUUCAAGCCCAAAGAAAAUCAAAACGAAGAAAUCAACUUGGGAAAAAGUUAAUAAGUAUUUAGAUUUCUCCCUUUUUAAGCAUAGAGGAUUUCUGAUAUAUCUGUCUGGAAAUGUCAUUAUGUUCCUAGGUUUUUUUGCCCCCAUUAUAUUCUUGGCUCCAUAUGCUAAAGACCAGGGAAUUGAUGAGUACUCGGCAGCUUUUCUGCUAUCUAUUAUGGCUUUCGUUGAUAUGUUUGCUAGGCCUUCUGUAGGAUUAAUUGCAAACUCCAAAUAUAUUCGACCUCGAAUUCAGUACUUCUUCAGUUUUGCAAUCAUGUUCAAUGGAGUGUGUCAUCUCUUGUGCCCACUGGCACAGGACUACACAAGCCUGGUAUUAUAUGCUGUAUUUUUUGGCCUUGGAUUUGGGAGUGUUAGCAGUGUUCUCUUUGAAACUCUCAUGGACCUCGUGGGUGCACCAAGAUUUUCCAGUGCCGUCGGACUUGUCACAAUUGUGGAGUGUGGCCCAGUUCUUCUUGGCCCUCCUCUUGCUGGUAAAUUGGUGGAUGUAACUGGAGAAUAUAAAUACAUGUACAUGUCCUGUGGGGCUAUUGUGGUAGCAGCAAGUGUGUGGCUGCUCAUUGGCAAUGCUAUCAACUAUAGAUUGCUUGCAAAGGAAAGGAAGGAGGAAAAUGCAAGGCAGAAGACCAGAGAAUCUGAACCCUUGAGCAAAUCUAAACAUUCGGAAGAUGUUAAUGUCAAAGUUUCAAAUGCACAGAGUGUAACCUCAGAAAGAGAAACUAAUAUCUAACAAGAAUCACAUCUCUGAUUUCAGUGUUUAUGACUUUCCCUAGGAGUUUGUUUUUCAUUUUGUUUUUUUAAAGUGUUAGAAAAGGUUUUCGCUGAAAUGAGGAGUCACAAUUAAGGAUGGAAAUGAUAUUUUCCUCAAUGGCAAAUUCUAAAUUAGUUUUUAAAAACUUAUUUGGGUAGUUAAAUUUUGAGAUUAUGCAUAAAAAGAAUCCAUGCUAUAGGUUUAUUUCCAUACCUGACUCUGGGUGUGGUGGUUACAAUACUAAUUUUAAAGUCUUCCAGUGACUUUCAGUCUUGGUUAUAUGGAGAAUUCUGAAUCCCAAACUCCUGGUUUAAGUAGGUAGAAGGAAGACGCCUAAUCCUACAAAGUGACCCUUUAUACAUUUCAUUUUUUAUUUGAUAUUAAAGUAUGAGAUAGAGUUGAGAGACAAUUAAUUAUCUCCUCUUACACACAAACAUACAUAUUCCCACAUGCUUACCCACAUGUACACAGAGAAUAAAACCCAAAUUCAAAAAAAAUCAUGAUUAUUUUUAAGGUAAAAAUAAUCCAUGAAGAUAAAAGAAACAUAUGUCUGCGUGUGACUUUACAAUGUUGGUUUUAAAGAUAAGCACAUGGGUAAAAAUGAGGGUGAUCCUUAUUCAAAAAUACAUCUGACUACUAUAAAAAUAUUUGCAUAUAUAAGUUUGACAAAGAAAAGAAAAUCAAUGUUAAACCAUUAAAUCUGAGCACUGUUAAGACUUGACUAAUCCAUGCACAUGAUUUUUUUUGAGUAGGGGGCAUUAGUACCUGGUGCUAGAGAAUAGAACCCUCAAAUAAUUUUUAGAAUUCUUACCUAAUAUGUAAAAGUCGGCAUGACUCUUAACAAUGAGCCACAUCCAUUGAUUUCACAAGGAUUUUAGUUCGUAAUCCAGAAAGUAAUAAUCAGGGAUUUUAUUUUAAUCAGGCAUCAAUCCAGAUUCACUGUUAUAUUGAAAUAUCAAAGUAAAGUCCUAGUUGGCAGGAUUGUAAGUAGACCGAAUUCUAAUUUUUCCCAACACAUAGUGGUAAUUGGAGGUUACUCUUAUGAAUACUCCAUCUGAAUACGACUAAGAGAGUGACAGGUGGUUUUAAUGAACCCUCUAAGCUCUCUCAGCUCCCUCCCUUCCACAAAAUGCAAGAGCAAAAGCAAACCACAAACAGGCCUUGUGCUCAACCACUGGAAAUGCCUCCUAGGAUAAGAAUGGCAGCACUUGAAAAUUCUGCCCUCUACUGAUGAGACUUCCUGCUGCCUUUGCACAUAACUAAGCCAGGAAACUUAAAAAGCCUAGAAAUAGAGGCACCGUAUGACUUGCUAUUGUAGGUAUAGUUUAUAACCUGAUUGAUAGUAAAAAACUUGAAAUAUUGCAGCCCAGGUUAAUUCAGCACUUUCCCAUUUUCAUAACUAUGUGAAAACAUCUGGGAAUUUGAAUCACUCCUGAAUACAGAGGCAUAUUCUUUUUAAACUAUAAAUACCAUUUUGAGUGGGAAAGUACUUUUAAACAACAAGAAAGAAAUUGUACAUUAUGACUGAAGUUAUAAAUAUAAUAUUUACAUCUAUAAAUCUGAAGUUUGACAUUAUGAUUAAUUGAAAAAGUAUUUAGUGCUUGACUAUUAAAGUAGUGUCACUCUUAGGAUGUCAAAGGGAAUUAGCCAUUUUUUUUAUUGUAAUAAAGGCAGGUGCUAUUUUUUUCUGGUGAGAUUGCACCUGGAUACCAGGCUUUUGUAAUAGUUAACAUUAAAUAUUUGAUUCAUAAAGUUAAUUCACUGCUUAAGCAUGUGGCUCAUAUUUAGGAAGCUAUAUAAAAUUCAGUUUUUCAUUUAACAUUUGCUCCUUUGCAUAUGAAGAGAUAUUUGUAUUUUUCAAAAUGUUAAGUAAAGAUGUGCCAAUAUCAUAGGUAAAUAAAUUAGGAAAAAUGUGGGACUUUACGGCUGUUUUUAAUUUAGUUUCACUUGAUCUUGAUUCUUGAAUUAGCUAUGUUUAUAUUUUUAGUUCUUUUUUAUUCAACUCGGAUUUGUCAAGAAAUGUAACCUCUAAAUUGUGUAGUACCUCUCCAAUCAUAAAUUUCCAAAAAAAAAUUCUACUUUCCAAAAAGUGUCUUGAAUUCUCUGAAAAGGCAUAUUAAACUAAUAUGAAUAUCAGAUACCGGGGGAAAUAAAUGGCAAAGUAAUAAUCAUGAGGUUUUAGGUCAAAGACUAUAUUAUAUAUAUUUUUUAUUACCUUCUAGUAGAGACAUCCUCCUGGGUGCAUUUCAGUGGCCUUCUCCAGGGAGGAGGUUUAUUUACUUACUGAUGAGUUUCUCGUCACGUCAAAACCCAUUCGCAUUUGUCUGGCUGCUCUUUGGUUGUCUUCAUUCGUUAUUUAUUUCUAACACUGAUUGUAUUAAAUUGUUAGAAAAGAAAGUAAAACUUGCACAUUCAAAGCACGUGAUUUGUACAGUCACACCUGGCAGUAGCAGUGCACAGAGUUACAAAUAUGCACACAUGUUAACUGCUAUGCAUCAAUAUUGACAGUUAAACCAGAACACACUUGAAACAGUGACAUAAAUAUCUACAGGAUUCAGAAUUGUUCCAGGGUAAUAUAAAUUAUUCUACUUGUUCACUCUCCCCACACUCUUGAACUUGUUAGAAGAUUUGCUGCUUUAGCAGAAUCUUUCCAAGAUUGAGAAAAGUGUAUCAACCUAGGAUUUUCAUUAUUAUAUAGUCACAUAAAUGGAGGACGAGAUAUAUUUGGCUUCUGCCUCUACAACAAUUAGUAUGAACAUAUUUCUUUCUCUAGAGAAUAAUAGGUUUUAAACAUUUGAGAUAUCAUGAAGCAAAGUCGGUAUACCACUACAAUGCCCACUAAUCUCUAUUCCCCCAUUAUGAAAUUGUACAGAAGAAAGGGUGUCAUUAAAUCAAGGUAUCCAAAUAAUUCAUGGCUACUUUAACUAUUUUUUCAUUCAUGUUAACUAAGCCCCCCAUAUUUUUCACUACUUAACCUUAAAUAUGCUAUCACUGAUUUAUGAAUAGAACAUUGGGUUUGCACUUUUCCUGACCCAUCCUCACCCCCUUUCCUGAUCCUUUUUGCAUUCGCCUAGCACACCUUUAGUGUAUUUCACAUUGGAAGACAUGAUGUUUUCUCAGUAUAACUCUACAUGACUCAUAAAUAAUCACUUUUUUGGUACCAAGUUUCAACACUUUAGCUCAUGGACUCAUUGGCCUCAGCCUACUACAAAGAAAUAAGUAAAAUAAUUAGAUUUGUUAUGUUUGAACGUGCACUUUAAAAAAUCUAGAUAAUUUAUACUCAUUCCUUUCUGGCUGUACAACAUGACAAUCAAGAAUAGAGAAAAGAAGACUAAGAGAUAUAUGAGAGAAAUGUAAGUUUUUAUGUAGAUGACGUAAAUAUGAAGAGAUACUCUUGGUCAGUUAGUUGAAACAUUUUUUAUCUAAAACAGCUUUAAAAAAUCCCUUUCGUAUGUGGAAUGUUGAAGACUUUUAAUAAAACAAAAUAAAAAUUAUUAUUUUUAGGCUUAAUAGGGAGAUUGGAUGCAUAAUGGAAAGGGAACUAAUAUUUAUGUGUUACGCAUUUCGCUUAUGUAAUGCCUUUCAAUAUUAAAACCAAAACCAUGGCAGAAUUAUUACUAGCUUGAUAUGACAGAUGAGUGAAAACAAAAAACAAAGAAGCUCAGCAAACUACCCAAAGUUAAAAGGUAGUAUGAACCAAAAUUAAAACUCAGGUUUAGCUAAAACCAGAAAGAUCCCCUAGGGUGUUCACUACCAUGCUGCCUCCCAACAGAGGCCAGAGAAGCAAAGGAAGAUAAAAUAUAGGUACAAAAAAGGUACAUCCUAUAUAGUAAAACAAUUAGGUUUAACUGUAACUUGUAUUAUGAUUUAUUUAGUGUUUAUUAGACUGCAUUUGCUAGAACCUGAAUAUGUAAUUUCUUUCUUUUCUUUUUUUUUUUUUUUUGAGACUGAGUCUCGCUCUUGUCGCCCAGGCUGGAGUGUAGUGGUGCAAUCUCGGCUCACUACAACCUCCACCUCCUGGGUUCAAGCAAUUCUGCCUCAGCCUCCCGAGUAACUGGAAUUACAGGCAUGUGCCACCAUGCCCAGCUACUUUUGUGGUUUUUUUUUUUUUUUUUUUAGUAGAGACGGGGUUUCUCCUUGUUGGUCAGGCUGGUCUUGAACUCUGACCUCAGGUGAUUCGCUCGCCUCUGCCUCCCAAAGUGCUGGGAUUACAGGCGUAAGCCACUGUGCCCAGCCUUGAAUAUGUAAUUUCUGAUUGCCUGCUUUUCUCCCCAAUGCAAAUUAUCUCAAAUAAUGAUAAUUAUUACGUAUAGACAUAAUUACUUCAAUAUAACUCUUUUUCUCAUAAAAAUAAUGACAUAUUUGAGUCAGGCAUAAUACAUUUUUUCUGAGGUUGGAGUUAGCAGGAAAAUGUUAUCUUUUAUGAAUAAAUAAUUCCCAGAUUGGUUGCUACAUAUAAUGAUUCAAAAAGUAAAAUAAUUACCUGGAUGUGGUCGUGUGCACCUGUAGUCCCAGCUAUUCGGGAGGCUGAGACGAGAGGGUCAUUUGAGCCCAGGAGGUUGAGGCUUCAGUGAGAUAUAAUGGCCCCACUUGCAGUCCAGCCUAGGCAAUAGAGUGAGACUCUGUCUCUGUUAAAAAAAAAAAAAAAAAAAAAAAAAGGUAAAA